AUGGAUAGGUCUCCCCCUCAUUCUUUAAACCAUAAACAACUGAAACAAGCUCCAUCAGAAAACAAUAAUAACUUAAACAAAUGGCCAAAUAAAAAGGUUGUAAAGAAGAAAAAGAAAAGAAAGAGUAAUGCUCCAGUUGAAUUGCCAAAUAACUUUUCUUUCAAUCCUUACGGAUCGAAUAAACUUUCCAAGAAAUCAGGAAAGGGUAAGAAAAUGGUAACAAGAGAUCCAAGAUUCAGUGAACUGUCCGGAAAACUCAACGUGGAUAUGUUUAGAAGAUCCUAUAGCUUUUUGGAAGAUAUGAGAAAAGAAGAAGUUAAAGAUAUUAUGCAGGCAAUUAAAAUCAACAAAAAAUUUGGAACGGAUAGCCUGAAAGGAAUUGAAUCAAUGAAGAAAAUUUCUCAUCUUAAUAUAUCUAACAUAGAAGAAGCCAAAAGAGCACUUGAUAGGUACAAAGCUGAGAAUGCGCACCUUGAAAAGAAGGAUGAAUUGAGAAAGUUGAAGAAGUCAUUGGUCAAAGAAGAGAUGGAUAAAAUAGCUUUAACGGGAAAGAAACCCUAUUAUUUCACAGACAAGAAGGUUAAAAAGAUUUAUAAAGAGAUUAAUAAGAAGAAAAUCGAAGAGUCUAUGAAAUCAACUGCAAUCAACUAUGGACCAAACAAAGCAAUACACAAAAAAUUGGAAUCCCAGAGCAGAAGAAUGGUUCCUAAGGAACGAAAAUUGAAUCUUGUCCCAAGUCUUAGGGAUGUGUAA